AUGGACGAGGUUGAUGGAAUGAGUGGAACUGAGGAUCGCGCAGGGAUUGCUGAAUUGAUACAAAUCAUCAAGGAAUCAAAAAUUCCUAUAAUUUGUAUCUGUAACGAUCGGCAGCAUCCGAAGAUAAGGAGUCUUGCGAAUUAUUGCUUCGAUGUACGCUUCCAAAAACCGCGUGUGGAACAGAUCAGGGCUAGAAUGAUGUCCAUCGCAUGUCAGGAGAAAUUAAAAAUCUCAAAGGAGGAACUAGAUCAGAUGAUUGAAUUGUCAGGGUGGAUGAAAAGGGUGAGUGUGACCCGUGGAAAAAUCUUUAGCAGGUCACACUGA